AGGCCGCGGGAGGAGGAGGAGCGGAGGCGCGGGCCCCGGGGAGCGGGCUGGGUUUGGCGCGGCUGCCCCUGAAGAUGGCGGCGGUUGAGGCGGGCGCUGCUCCGGGCGGCGGGAGCUGCCCGCCGGCGGGCGGCGGCUCCGUGCCCGUCCUCUUCUGCUUCUCCGUUUUCGCUCGGCCCUCCAGCGUGCCCCACGGCGCCGGCUACGAGCUGCUGAUCCAGAAGUUCAUCAGCCUCUACGGCGACCAGAUAGACGUGCACCGCAAGUUCGUGGUGCAGCUCUUCGCUGAGGAGUGGAGCCAGUACAUUGACCUGCCCAAGGGCUUCCUGGUCAGCGAGCGCUGCAAGGUGCGCCUGGUGCCGCUGCAGAUACAGAUGACUACUUUGGGCAACCUUAUACCCUCAAGCACUGUGUUCUUUUGUUGUGAUAUGCAAGAGCGAUUCCGGCCUGCCAUCAAAUAUUUUGGGGAUAUCAUCAGUGUGGGCCAGCGGCUGCUCCAGGGUGCACGGCUCUUAGGAAUUCCUGUUAUUGUAACUGAACAGUAUCCAAAAGGUCUUGGCAGUACUGUGCAAGAAAUUGAUUUAACAGGAGCUAAACUUGUGCUUCCCAAAACAAAAUUUUCAAUGGUGUUGCCAGAAGUUGAAGCAGCCUUAGCAGAGAUCCCUGGAGUCCGCAGUAUUGUCCUGUUUGGAGUAGAAACUCAUGUGUGCAUCCAGCAAACAGCAUUGGAAUUAGUUGGCAGAGGUCUGGAAGUUCAUAUUGUAGCUGAUGCCACCUCGUCAAGAAGUAUGAUGGACAGAAUGUUUGCUCUUGAGCGUCUUGCUCGUACUGGAAUUAUAGUCACUACUAGUGAAGCUAUAUUGCUGCAGCUGGUAGCUGAUAAAGAACAUCCAAAAUUCAAAGAAAUCCAAAAUCUCAUUAAAGCCAGUGCCCCUGAGUCAGGGCUCCUCUCCAAAGUUUAAAGAGGAUGUGAAGGAAGUGGAUCUCAUUGACAACUUUAAGGAGGAAGGAAAGCUGUAAGCUCACAUCUGCAGCUUCUUUCACUCAAAGUUGGUAGAAGUGUAAGAUUAAAAAUUGCCAUACUCAUGCUUGCCUCAGAAAAAUUGUCUGGUUAUACAUCUGAGUGCCAGUAUGUUAUAUUUAGUUACAGCUGUCAGAGGCUUUGGAUACUAUUGGACCGUUUGUUGUAAAAUUUCAUUAUUUAAAAAAGAAAUAAAUUGACAGUUUAUACUGUACUCUGAUUGUAACAGCUCCAAAAAGUACGUAUUUCUGUGACAUCUCUUGACUGUCCGCUUUGUUAAAGCGUUCUGUGAUACUCUGUUUUACUUUUGUAUUAAUAGAAGGUGAUUACAUAUUGGAUAAAUGUGAUGUGGUACACUUCAAUUUGCUAUAUAAAUGAAGUAAGCCGAGUAAGAUAUAUUUACUACAUGUGACCUUUUGUUCCCCAGGAUAAAGUUUAAAGCACUUUGCUUUCUAGAGGAGACAUGUAGAUCAAGCAGACACUAAUGUUUGAUUGCUCUCGUUAGCCUGCAAAAUGACUUUCAAUUAUUCUGAAAUUGACUGCCCAACCCUGUACUUCACUUUAAUUUACACAAAAUGAAAACUUCAAUUUAAUGAGUUCUUUAUCAACAACUAUUAUAAAGUGCUUUAGAACUAGGAGAUUACCUAAAUUUUAAAUAAAUUGGCAAUGCUAAUUUAUUUAAAUUAGCUUUUUGGCUCUUAGUGAUGAAUCUUUUACUGUAUUUAGAUUUAUUUUGGAGGUUUUUUUACCUCAUUUUAGUUAGAUUGGAUAAUUCCAUAUGAUUUACUCAUUUACAGAAGUAAGCUCUAAAAGAAACCUCAGCUUCUCUAGGUUUUUGUGCUUUUUUGUGGGCUUAGUUGGGUGGAGUUUGAAUGGAAUCUGUCUUAAAAGCAUUCUUCAGAAAAAUAGCAUCUUUAACUUAGUUGUAUACAUACAUAUAUGCUAUCUAGAAUCAAUAUUUUAGCACGAUUGUUCAUCAAUGCACUUCCUUCAUGUUCCAGUGGUUUAAACAAUGUUAUGUAAAGCUUACAGUGUGACGGAGACUUUUUUUUUAAAGAGUACUAGAAGAUGUCAUACUGAACACUGAUCUUUCUGGUAGAAAACCAAUUAGAGUAUAUGUAUUGUUUUAAAUUGUGUAUUUUCCCCACAAGAUGGCUCUAAAAUAAUUGUUUCAGAGUUAUAACCUUUAUAAGUUAAAAAAAAAAAUAAAAUGUUAAUAUGUGCUGUCUCCAUUAA